AUGCAUGUUCACUUCAUAACAAAAAACUUGCCAUACACAGAUCAAAAACUUAGUGAAGUAAGGUCAAAAACUGAGUCAGAUCCAACACUCAUUACCUUGAAACAAAUCAUUCUUCAAGGCUGGCCUGAAAAACGCAAAUAUUGCAAUUCUCAAGUUCUAGAAUACUGGAAUUAUAGAGAUGAACUCACUGUUGUAGAUAAUAUCAUCUACAAAGGUCAAAAAUUGAUUAUUCCUAAGUGUCUAAGAUCUGAAAUGUUAAAUUUGCUACAUAAAGGUCACCCAGGUCAGGAACGUAGCUUCCGCAGGGCACAAAUUUCUAUGUUUUGGCCUAACAUUAGCAAAGACAUAGUGCAGAAAGUGCAACAGUGUUCUGUAUGUGCUGAGCAUCAAAGGUCAAAUUCAAAGGAACCCUUGGUUUCACAUGAAAUCCCUAAAUACCCAUGGCAGGUAAUAGGUACUGAUGUAUUUACAUUAGAUAACCAAGACUACUUGUUAGUAUGCGACUACAUGAGCAACUAUUUUGAAGUUGACAUGAUUAAAAAUACAAACAGUAGCACUAUUAUUAAGUUAAUGAGAACUUGGUUUUCAAGACAUGGUAUUCCCCAGAAAAUAGUUUCAGAUGGUGCUAGUUAUUACACAUCACAAGAAUUUAAAGAAUUCACAACUAAAUGGGACAUAAAGCAUGUAAGGUCAUCACCUCAAUAUCCCCAAAGUAAUGGCCUUAGUGAAUCAUGCGUGAAGAAAGUAAAAACAUUGCUUAAAAAUGCAAGCAAGAUGGAACAGAUCCUUUAA